CCGACUUCACGCACCUGUCUGCUCUUAGGCCUCAGCGGCGGUGACACAGCCUUGCACCGAACAGCUGCUACAUACUCUGCUGCGUUCAUCCCGAAAGCGUAUCCUCGUCCCAAGUUUAUAAUCCUCCAAGAUGUCCGCACCGUACAGACAGGACAUGCCCCCUCCCGGGGGCUUCCAGCAGAUACGGUACAAGCGCAACCUUCCCUUCCGCGGCCCGAGCGGCGCAGUCAUCCUCGCCGGUGUGACGGCUUUCUGCGGCUACGGAUUCUACCGCAUCGGCCUGGGCAACCUCGAGAAGAGGGAGCUGCAGCGCGAGAGGGUAUGGUCGCGAAUCCACCUGGUACCCCUACUCCUCGCGGAAGGCGACCGAGACGCGUAUCGACGUCAGCACGCUGCGCUGGAGCGGGAGAAGGAGAUUAUGAAGGACGUCCCGGGCUGGGAGGCAGGGAAGAGUGUGUACCACAACCCGAGGUAUCGACCGGCGGACACCAUGGUGGUGCUCUGAUCGUGCUUCUCUGUAUGCUACGCGCUUCGCUUCUCGAAACUUUGCUUGCAAACAC